GGAAGGUGAUGAAGGAAUUUGCAAAACAGAUACAAAAACUUGCGGAGGAACUAUUAGACUUGCUUUGUGAGAAUCUUGGACUGGAGAAGGGUUACCUCAAGAAGGCAUUCCAUGGGUCAAGAGGACCAAAUUUUGGAACAAAGGUUGCCAACUACCCUGCUUGCCCCAACCCUAAACUCGUGAAAGGUCUCCGUGCCCAUACCGAUGCGGGUGGCAUCAUCCUUCUCUUCCAAGAUGACAAGGUCUGUGGACUCCAACUUCUCAAAGACGGCCAAUGGAUUGAUGUGCCUCCAAUGCGCCAUUCGAUCGUGGUGAAUCUUGGUGACCAACUUGAGGUAAUCACAAAUGGGAAGUACAAGAGUGUGGAACAUCGUGUGAUUGCACAAACAAAUGGUACGAGGAUGUCCGUAGCUUCAUUCUACAAUCCAGGAAGUGAUGCUUUUAUUCAUCCAGCUCCACAAUUGAUUGAGGGAAAGGAAGAAGAAAUGAAACAGAUUUAUCCAAAAUUUGUGUUUGAAGAUUACAUGAAGCUCUAUGCUGCACUUAAGUUUCAGGCUAAGGAGCCAAGGUUUGAUGCCAUGAAAGCUGCGAACCCCACUGCCGCAACAGCUUAAGAAGGAAAUAUAUGUACCU